AUGACGUCUUCCGAUACAUGGCAAGCCCCUGCGGCGCAAGGCAAGGCUCGACUCAUUACCGAGGCCCUCGAGAAGCCUUUACUGGACGAUCGGUCGUACCGGGUUAUCCAGCUAGCGAACGAAAUGGAGGUGCUGUUGGUUCAUGAUCCCAAGGCAGACAAGGCUAGUGCAUCGAUGGACGUGAACGUUGGCAACUUCAGCGACGAAGUGGACAUGCCCGGCAUGGCCCACGCGGUAGAACAUCUCCUCUUUAUGGGUACCAAAAAAUACCCCGGCGAGAACGACUACUCGCAGUACCUGUCGGCGAACUCGGGCCAUUCCAACGCCUACACGGCGUCAACCUCCACCAACUACUACUUUGACAUCUCCGCGAAGCCCGCCAACGAUGAGGAUCCGUCAGAGUCGAACCCGUCGCCAUUACGAGGUGCUUUGGACCGAUUUUCGCAGUUCUUCGUCCAACCGCUCUUUCUUGAAUCGACUCUCGACCGGGAACUCAAGGCCGUCGAUUCCGAGAACAAAAAGAACCUCCAAAACGACUCGUGGCGCUUGUACCAGCUCGAAAAGUCGCUGUCGAACCCGAACCAUCCGUACUGCCACUUUUCGACAGGAAAUCUCGAAGUACUAAAGUACGAUCCCGAGGCGCGCGGAAUCAACGUCCGCGAGAAGUUCAUCGAGUUCUAUGAGAAGCACUACUCGGCGAACCGGAUGAAGCUCUGCGUGCUAGGCAAAGAACCUCUAGAUCUCCUAGAGAAGUGGGUUGUUGAGUUGUUCACUCCGGUUCCGAACAAGAAUUUGCCCAUCAACCGAUGGGAGGAUGAGGUUCCCCUGCGACCGGGCGAGCUUGGACUGCAAUGCUUUGCGAAGCCAGUUAUGGACUCUAGGGAGCUUAACCUUUAUUUUCCCUUCCUCGAUGAAGAAAAUAUGUACAUGAGCCAGCCGAGCCGGUAUGUGGGCCAUCUCAUUGGCCACGAAGGUCCUGGCAGCAUCAUGUCAUAUAUCAAGGCCAAAGGAUGGGCGAAUGGACUCAGUGCAGGCACGUAUCCUGUUUGCCCUGGCACGCCAGGAAUCUUUGACUGCCAGAUUCGGCUUACCGAAGAGGGUCUUAAACACUACAAGGAGGUCGUCAAGGUAUUUUUCCAAUAUGUCUCUCUAUUGCGCGAAUCGCCACCCCAGAAAUGGAUAUUCGAGGAGCAAAAGGGCAUCGCCGAAGUUGGAUUCAAGUUCAAGCAAAAGAGUCCCGCCAGUAGAUUUACCAUGAAGACGAGCUCCUUGAUGCAGAAGCCUAUCCCCAGAGAGUGGCUUCUCAGUGGAUUCAGCCGACUCCGAGAAUUCGACCCCGAGCUUAUCCAGAAGACCAUCGACUGCUUGCGCACGGACAACUUCCGCAUGACGAUUAUCUCGCAGCGAUUCCCUGGAGACUGGGACCAAAAGGAAAAGUGGUACGGAACUGAGUACAAGGUUGAGAAGAUUCCAGAAGACUUCAUGGAGGAGCUCAGGCAAGCUAUCAAGUGCACCUCCGAGAACCGGCUUCCGGCGCUACAUCUUCCUCACAAGAACAACUUUAUCCCUACGAAGCUGGAGGUGGAGAAGAAAGAGGUCAAGGAACCCGCCAUCGCCCCGGCGGUUGUUCGUAAUGACGAUCUAGUGCGCACGUGGUGGAAGAAGGACGACACAUUCUGGGUCCCGAGGGCCAACCUCAUCAUUAGCUGCAAGAACCCGGUUCUUUUCGCCUCGGUGGAGAAUACGGUCAAGACAAGGCUAUACGCGGACCUCGUUCGAGAUGCCCUCGAGGAGUUUUCAUACGACGCUGAGUUGGCUGGGUUGGACUACAACGUGGGGCUAGACUCGAGGGGUCUUUCUUUCGACUUGAGCGGCUAUAACGACAAGCUCCCAGUUCUUCUCGAACAAGUUCUCAAGACAGUCCGGGAUCUGGAGGUUAAGGAUGACAGAUUCGAUAUCAUCAAGGAACGGCUUAAGAGGGGUUACAAUAAUUGGGAGCUUCAGUCAUCGUAUCAUCAGAUCGGCGACUAUCUUUACUGGCUCAACUCUGAAAAAGGCUACAUUAUUGAAGAAUACGCCGCGGAGCUACCUAACAUUACCGCCGAGGACCUCAGAUACUUCAAGCCGCAGCUUUUGGGCCAGAUGCACAUCGAGCUCUACGUCCAUGGCAACAUGUGCAAGGAGGACGCCCUACAAUUGACGGAUAUGGUACAAUCGAUCCUUAGUCCACGUUUGCUCCCGCGAACCCAAUGGCCUGUCCGACGGUCCCUCGUCCUCCCUCCAGGCUCCAACUAUGUUUACAAGAAGACCCUUAAGGACCCCGCUAACGUGAACCACUGCAUCGAGUACUGGAUCUAUACUGGCGACCGCGGCGAUCCCGUCACGCGCGCCCGGACACUCUUCUUGGAGCAGGUUAUGCACGAGCCGGCGUUCGAUCAGCUGAGGACGAAGGAGCAACUCGGAUACAUUGUAUUCUGCGGGGCUCGCGUUUUCGCGACCACGUACGGCUUCCGCUGGCUUGUGCAGAGCGAACGCACACCUCAGUACCUCGAAUCGCGUGUUGACGCAUUUGUGGGCUCGUUUGGUGACUACCUCGAGAAGAUGACUGACGCGGACUUUGAGAAUCAUAAGCGCAGUCUUGUGGUGAGGCUUUUGAAGAAGUUGGAGAAUUUGGAUUCGGAGAGCAGCAGGCACUGGAACCAGAUUUCGGCAGAGUACUACAACUUUGGAGCAGCGCAAGAAAAUGCCGAGCACGUCAAGGCACUCACAAAGGAGGAGAUCAUCGACUUUUACAAGAAAUACAUCGACGUAGCCUCGCCCACGAGAGCCAAGCUUAUCGUCCAGCUCUUCGCCCAAGGCAACGCCAAGUCCAAGGAGAAGAUGGAUACUCUCCUCAGCAACCACUUGUCCGUCGAGCCAGCCGACGUCAAGGAAGCCGUGCGCUCGGCGAUCAUGGACCCCGAGAUGAGGAGCGACGUUCCGGCGCUACGCAAGUACCUCUCGGACGAGCUCGGGCUGACCGAGGACAAGGUCGAAGCCGUCGUCUCCGUAGCGAGGGAUCCCGCGACGGAGCCUAAGGAGGUGGAGGAGGGCGAGGCGGUCAACGGUAGAGAUGAGAAUGGCCUCAGCAAUGGCGUCAACGGGGUGACCAAGAAGCAGCCGAUGUUGAUUACGGACGUCAGGGCAUUCAAGGCUUCGUUGGUGGCGAGUGCUGGGGCGAGGCCGGCGAGGGAUAUUACGGAAUUUUCCCCGCAACACAUCGACAACGACUUUACGCUCUCUAAACUCCCAGUUGAGUCCGAAUUUACCAUCUCUCUCAAUCUUGCCCACCCAAGACAACCUCAACGACUUCCGAGCGCGAUGACCGUCCUCCAUCUCGUUUUGUUCCAGUUCAAGCCUGAGCUCAGCCCAGAAGGGAUCAGCGAGGCGUGCGCGAAAAUGUUGGCUCUCAAGAAUACAUGCCUACACCCGACCUCUCAAAAGCCGUACAUCCUGUCGUUAACAGGAGGAAAGGACCAUUCUCCCGAAGGAAUUCAGGAUGGAAUUACCCAUGCCUUUACUGUUGAGUUCGAGUCGGUGGAGGAUCGGGAUUACUAUGUCAAGACGGAUCCUAUUCACCAGGGUUUCAUUGCGUUUGCGGGGACUGUUGUUGAGAAGGCUAUUGUUGUUGACUACACGGUUGGGGAGUUCUAG